GAAGGAGGGUCGGACAAUAAUUCCACAAGCGGUUAUUUAUAGUUCAGUUUACUUUAAAGGGUUGAAUGAAUCAGUUCCUCUAACGUUGAAUUUAGUGUUGUGAUUUUAAUAGAUUUUUCAUUUCCUGUCGCUAUUUAUGGUCUCUUUAAUAUUAAUCACAUCCCAAAUCGGACCGAGGUUAUUGUUCGCGAGCGGUUUGUUACAUUUAGAACCACUUGUCGUUCAGAACUCUUCAAGACUGGAAUUGAAGCGAACCAAAGAAAAAAAUGAGUUUGAUGAUCAUUUGGCUUGUCUCGUGCAUGAUUCCACAGUUGGUGUUUUCCCAGAUGCAUUCCAGGCCGUGUUCAGCCAUCUGCGGUGAUGGUUUACCAGGUGUCCCCGGGGUGCCCGGGCACGACGGAACACGUGGGGACAAGGGCGACCGAGGGCCUGUGGGAGCAUCCGGGGAAAAGGGAGCUGAUGGCCCUCAUGGUCCCAAAGGUGGAAAAGGCGAGCCGGCCCAGGUCCCUCAGAGAAACUGGAAACAAUGUGCUUGGAAAAAUGUCAAUGAUGGGAGAGACUAUGGGCUGAUAAAGGACUGUGCUUUUAUGAAGCAUGCCAAUGACACAGCCUUGAAAGUGGAGUUCAAUGGCGACUUCAGGAGCUGUUGUUGUCUGGAUUGCUGUAAGCGCUGGUAUUUCACCUUCAACGGUGUAGAAUGUAGCGGCCCACUCGCCAUUGAUGGUAUUGACCACAUUCUCCAAAACCACGGCAGACCAGACACCAACAUACACAAAACCACUCAGAUUGAAGGCUUCUGCCAAGGAAUCAACAAAGGAAUCAUCCGUGUGGGAAUUAAUGUCGGGGACUGUGUGGGGAAGAAACCAGGACAUGCUUACACCGGGUGGAACUCCGUGACCCGGAUCAUGAUUGAGGAGGUGCCUCCACCUCAGAACUAGCUUAAAGACGACAAACACAAAGAAAAAGGCCUCAAUUAUUUGCUUUACUGUCACUUAUCACUAUCCUUUGAGUAAAAAAAGGCUGUUUAUUGUUUGAUGCAAGAUAAAGGCAUGUAAAUUUACGCUUAAAAUUGAUUGAUUUUUGUGUUUCUGAACGAGUUCUGUGAACUCCUUGGUGCUCCGUGGGUAAACAAAUUACAUUUACAUUUUUCACAGUUUUAUUUUUUCUAGUCAUUUAACAUGUAGCAGAUCGGUACUCUCUCUUGUUCCUGAAGCCAAUGAGGCUUAUACAAAGGAAUACCUUAAAGAUACCUAGGACAAAAGAAUAAAAAUGCUGCCAUCGGUACAGAAAAUCUCUGCUACAUUCCAGUGUUCUGUUGUGUUUCGCUGGCGAAGAGCGGGGAACUACAUACGCACCGCGCUCCAGCUAAUGAGAGAGGCCUGGGGACAGGGAGGUAUUCUCUAGUGUCUUUUUUUAAAAUUAAACUUGAUCUCAAUUUACACUCCCGUCACAAACUCUAUAUGGUUAAUGUACCUCCGAUUUCUAUGAAGCAGUUUCUAAAGUUCAGGUCAUCUCUAAAUAAUUCGUCUAUUAAGUUUCUUACAGGAAUACAAUAUUCCGUACAAAGAUGCAAAACCCAUACGUUUUACGGACAAAGCUCAAUCAUUUCUUGCUUUGAGGUCCCGUCCACACUACGCAAGGGGAAUUCGAAAACGUUGGUUUCGCUCUGAAAACGCAUCAAAUGUUUUCCGUUCACACUACGCCGGAGGAAUUUGAACAGGAAAAAGUAACAAUCGCCGGUCAUUUUGGAUUUGCGCGCGAGUUGAGCAAAACUCCAGCAGGGAUA